AUGCCUGAACCCGCCAAGUCCGCGCCCAAGAAGGGCUCCAAGAAAGCCGUGACCAAGACCACCGGGAAAGGCGGCAAAAAGAGGAGAAAGAGCAGGAAGGAGAGCUACGCCAUCUACGUGUACAAGGUGCUGAAGCAGGUCCACCCCGACACCGGCAUCUCCUCCAAGGCCAUGGGCAUCAUGAACUCGUUCGUCAACGACAUCUUUGAGCGCAUCGCCUCUGAAGCGUCUCGUCUGGCUCACUACAACAAACGCUCCACCAUCACCUCCAGGGAGAUCCAGACCGCCGUGCGCCUCCUGCUGCCCGGGGAGCUGGCCAAGCACGCCGUGUCCGAGGGAACCAAGGCCGUCACCAAGUACACCAGCUCCAAGUAGACCAAGACCCAAUACAAACCAACGGCUCUUUUCAGAGCCACACACCC